AUGUCGACGCCCCUCGCGAAACCCUGCAGCGACUGCUGCUUCCGCACCUUCCCCCACUCCGGCACCGCGCAGGGCGCCUUCGAGCCCAUCGCCGGUGUCCCGACCUACGUCUCCGCCCCUCCAGGCGACGGGCCCCACGCGAAGGUCAUCCUCUUCUUCUCGGACGUCUUUGGGGCGACAUACCUGGCCGCGCAGCUCGCGAUGGACUUCUGGGCCGCGCACGGCUUCCUCGUCCUCGGGAUCGACUACUUCCUCGGGGACUCGGUCGCGCGCUACGGAUGGCCGCGCGACGCCCCGGACAAGGAGAAGGAAGUGUGGGUGACGGCAAAGCGCCUGAGCGCGGCGCCGCUCGUCCCGCCGUGGCUGGCGGAGGUGCGCGUGCGGUAUGGUGCUCGAGUGCUGAACGCGGGCACAGGUUACUGCUUUGGAGCCCCCUAUGUCAUGGACUUGUUGGCAAGCGAUUGGGUAACCGCAGGUGCCUUUGCCCACCCCGCGUUCUUGGAUGAGGACCACUUCCGCAACGCGAAGAAACCCCUGCUCCUAUCCUGCCCUGAAGAGGACUUCACAUUCUCACUGGAGGCGCGUCGGCGCGCCGAAGACAUUCUUCUCGCCCGACCUGAGGAGCAUCGUGCAGCGUUCUUUAUCCAAGUGUUCAGCGGCGCACGUCACAGUUUUGCUACGCGCCCCGAUCCGGACCGCCGGACCGAACGAUGGGCGAAGGAGGAGAGCGCGCGCUCGAUUGUCGACUGGUUUAAUCACCACGCCAGUGAGACGUAA